AUUGGAUCCUUUUUCGAGCUUCUGCAUUACGGAUGUCAAUAUGGCCGACACACUUACAACUUUCUUCAACCCAGCCAUUGGGAUAGAUCGAAAUGGGCCAUACCAAUUGUUCAUGAAGGACAUCGGAAAUCUGAUGUCCAAUCUCACUCUAGGGUUCAAAAUUCUAUGGCCUUUCUUUACUCCAAGGCCACUCGACGAGCUCUUUCUUUGCAGCUCUACAGUCUUCGCGCUUAUUUGGUUCCUUUUUUGGAGCAUCCUCCAGGCUCCAAUCAUUCUUUUCGUUUUCGUCGUGUUGGUUAUUGUCGUCCUCAUUAUCGGUCUUCUCACCUGGAUACAUUCGUUUCUGUUCUGGCACAUCCUGCAUGGACCUGCACUACAGGUCUUUCCGUCGACAAUUACCCCAGCUGCGAGCAACCUGAACCAACAUGAGCGAUGGGUCUAUAUCAAUGGAAUAGCAACGGGUAGAACCAUCAUACGACAGAACCUUCAGCUUCUGCACAAUCUCUUCGGCCGGCCCCUCCUCGGCAUCAAUAACCGCACCUAUGGGUUUCUUGGCGACAUCGUCGAAUGCGUUCUCCAACGGUCAUUCGGCUUCCGAACGAGUGAGACUCGCGUGGCUUAUCCAAUCCUAGAAGGUUUUCUCAACGAUGCAAACGUGAGCCGGGUAGUCCUUAUCGCACACAGCCAAGGAGGCAUUAUCGCGUCUCACAUUCUACGCGACCUCUAUACCAGAGUAUCAAUCGCAAACCUAAGAAAGCUUCAAGUAUAUACUUUCGGUAAUGCUGCGCUACACUUCGACAAUCCGCCCGAUCCCACCGUGGCGUGGGGGCAUGUCCUCCAACACAUCGAGCACUAUUGCAAUGAACGCGAUAUGGUCUGUUCAUGGGGCGCGUUAUCCUCCUCCCGACAGCCUGAUAUCCGGUUCCAAGGCAAAAUAUUUAUUUCUCAAGGGGCUACGGGACAUCUGUUCAAUCAGCAUUACUUGUUCCCGAUGUUUGGGGUCGGCAAUUUUCUGGUUCAACCAACGUAUCUAGGAGGACAAGAACGUGCGUAAAACCUACUUGGAGCGCGGCUCUGCAUCCACCGGGCCACUUAAUUCCAUCUCUCUAAAGUAGUUAUGUCGCAGGCACGGAUGGAUAAUGAGGAUCAAAUGAGCGCUUGAUUUUCUAUCUAAAGGAGCGACGGGGCGGUCUCUUAUAUACUAAAUCGGGACUUCCCGCAGAUACAACGUACGGUAACAUUGCAAUGAAGUAAUAAAGAAGC